AUGGCAAUGAACAUGGGCGUUAAAGCUCUGCUCGCCUGGUUCAACAGUAUGAAACUGGCCGAGCGAGAGCUAAGCGUCCACGAUUUAAACGAUGGGAUAUUCUUGUUGCAAGUCGUCCAUAAAUUGAAAGAUGAAACACAUGGCCAUUUGAAUUUGUCAAUUGAGGCUCGAUUGCAGAUCAUCGCUGACUUCUUAGAAAGAGACUGUCGGUUCAGUCCUGACAGAGGAGCCUCUGUGUCAUGGGAUGACAUAAAAAAUGGUGACAAAUUAACAGUAGAAAUAUCAAAGGUGCUUUUGUUACUGGUGUACUACGACAUGAUGAAUGACCGCUGUACCUUAAAUAUGCUGGAAUACGAAGUUGAGCGGGAGAUUGCAGUUCUUACUGACCGAUUUGUGCUGGAGUGUGAGGGCCAUGUUUUCCUGAACGGUGGGAUUGAGGCCUAUUUAGGAAAGAAAUAUUUGUCUGUGACAGCUAAAAAUGUAGAUGGAUCUGACACAUCAUCCAUUACUAGUCCAUCAACUUUCUCUUCACUCUCGGAUGAGUCCCCAGUCUUCCACCGUUCUCCAAAAGUCAAAUUUAUGGAACUGCAAACUGUGGCUUCUUCAUCUGUCAGCAAGUCUCCUCUGCAAUAUGUCAUGAACACUCCUCAGUUCCAGCUGAAGAAGCUGAAAAGGCAGAUGGCCCAAGACAGUGAAUACAGGGAUGAACUGGCGAAAGAGUUGGCUAGCAAGAUGGCCCUCAUUGCACAGAGAGAAUCCCACAUUAACCAGCUACAGUACCAUCUGGAUAAGUUGAAGGGUGAACAGAGUGAACAGGAGAAGGUUGCCGGCGAACAACUACAGGAACUACAGGCCAAGAACGACAUGUUACAAAGCCGUGUUCAUGAGCUGUUCAAGCACAAUAAUGAUAUGAAGAGCAAUUCCUCCCAUAUGGAACGUAAAUUGGAUGAGUUGAUGGAAGAGAAUGGAAUACUCUCUGUACAGGUCAAAGAAGUAUGUUCACAGCUGGUGUUAUCUGAAGCUGAGGUUCGGAGACUGAUGGAGAACGAAGAGUCUGCUCAAAAGGAGUGGAGCCUCAACACUUGCCACAUUCAGUCUAAACUUGACCACGCUAUGGCUGAGAAGGAAUUCCUGAAUGAACAAAUUCAGAUACUGCAGGGGAAGAUCUUGUCUUUGGAAGAUCAAAUGACCAGCGCUACAGAAGAAGAGAGAGGAGAAAAUAUGGGGCCCAUUAUGGAGAGAGAAGUAUUUGAGAAGGAGAUUAACUGUCUGAAGAACCAGCUGGAAAGUACAGUCGCCUCCUUGAGAAAGACAGAGUUAGAAGUUCAGGCUAAAGAAAUCCAGCUGGCUGAGUAUCAACAGGAAAUCAUUCAGCAAAAAGAACGUAUGGAGAAGCAAGUGUUAAAGGCCCAAGAACAGAUGCAAGCCAAGGAAGAAUUUCUGGCUAAACUGCAAAGAGAGAGCUCAGAGCAAAGAUGUGUAUUACAACAGGAGAUCCAGGAUUUAAAGCUCCAAGUUGACAGCAUUAGUGCCUUACUGAAGAAGGCUCAAGCGGAUUCACAAACCAAAGAUGAGCAGCAUCAGCAGGAAUAUAAUCGACAGAAAGAAGCCCUCCAGCAGGCUCAGGCAACUUCUGAGGAGCAGGUGAGAAGACUGAAGGAAGAGAUCCAUUCUAAGCAGGAGCAGAUGGAUAACCUAAAAAAAGAGCACUCUGAGCAGUCAGCACUGCUGAAUGUAGAGAUCCAAGUAUUGAAGAACCAAGUGGAGAGUCUUCAUUCCUCAGUGAUGAAGGCUGAGGAAGAGGUACAGACCAAGGAGGAUAUCUUGAACAAACAGCAGCAAGAGAGCUCUAAAAUCCAAGAGGCUCUGCAGGAGAGGAUAACUAUGUUUCAAGAGGAAGUGCAUGGGCUGCAUGAUGAGGUUAAAAGUCUCUUAGAAAAGCUGGAGAGCAUGAGUUCCUCCAUCAAUGAUGCAGAGGAGAAUAUUAAGGCCAAAGAGCAGCAGUUGGCCAAGCUCCAGCAGGAGAAAACUGAACAGAGGGAUAUACUGCAAGGGCGUCUUGAUGCCUCUGAAGUAGAGAUGGAAAAACUCAAGGAAGCUCAAAAAGCAAAUGAAAACCUCCUCCUUCAGGCUGAGGAGAGGAUCGAGCAUCUCCAGAAAGAAUUGUCUAAUGCCAACUCCUUCUGUGCUGAUAAAGAUCUUAAGCUUAACAUUCUACAAGAUGAGGUUGCUGUCCAAACUGAGUCAGUAAGAAAAGCCAAGGCAGAGAUUGAAACCAAAGAAGACAUGCUGGCAAAGUUACUUCAGGAAGGCUCUCACCGACAGGAAGUUCUCCAGUGUGAGAUCCAGGUCUUGAAGGACCAGGUAGAAAGUCAAACAUGCUCUCUCAAAAAAGCAAAUGAUGAUAUUCAGGCUAAGGAAGAUCAGCUAGCUAAGAAUCAACAAGAGGACAGAAAACAAAAGGAAGCACUCCAAGAGCAGAUAGUAGUCUCUCAAGAGGAGGUGAAGAAACUCAAUGCGGAGAUCCAAUCAAAAGAGCAACAGCUCAUUUUGCUGAAGAAUGAGUAUUCAUCGCACUCUGAACUACUACAGCAGGAGAUAAAAGAUCUGAAAAAUCAAGUAGAGAGUAUUGGUGACUGUCUCAAAAAAGCUGAUGAACAGGUUCAAAGUCAGUCGGUGCUGCUUAUUACGCAGGAGCAGGAGAAUGCUCAUCAGAGAGAGCUUUUGCAGCAGCAGCUGUUUGCAUCUGAAGAAGAAGUGAAGAAAAUGACCAAGCUCCAGCAGGAGAAAACUGAACAGAGGGAUAUACUGCAAGGGCGUCUUGUUGCCUCUGAAGUAGAGAUGGAAAAACUCAAGGAAGCUAAGAAAGCAAAUGAAAACCUCCUCGUUCAGGCUGAGGAGAGGAUGGAGCAUCUCCAGAAAGAAUUGUCUAAUGCCAACUCCUUCUGUGCUGAUAAAGAUCUUAAGCUUAACAUCCUACAAGAUGAGGUUGCUGUCCAAACUGAGUCAGUAAGAAAAGCCAAGGCAGAGAUUGAAACCAAAGAAGACAUGCUGGCAAAGUUACUUCAGGAAGGCUCUCAUCGACAGGAAGUUCUCCAGUGUGAGAUCCAGGUCUUGAAGGACCAGGUAGAAAGUCAAACAUGCUCUCUCAAAAAAGCAAAUGAUGGUAUUCAGGCUAAGGAAGACCAGCUCACUAAGAAUCAACAAGAGGACAGAAAACAAAAGGAAGCACUCCAAGAGCAGAUAGUAGUCUCUCAAGAGGAGGUGAAGAAACUCAAUGCGGAGAUCCAAUCAAAAGAGCAACAGCUCAUUUUGCUGAAGAAUGAGUAUUCAUCGCACUCUGAACUACUACAACAGGAGAUAAAAGAUCUGAAAAAUCAAGUAGAGAGUAUUGGUGACUGUCUCAAAAAAGCUGAUGAACAGGUUCAAUUUCAGUCGGAUCUGCUUAUUAAGCAAGAGCAGGAGAAUGCUCAUCUGAGAGAGCUUUUGCAGCAGCAGGUGUUUGCAUCUGAAGAAGAGGUGAAGAAGAUGACCAAGCUCCAGCAGGAGAAAACUGAACAGAGGGAUAUACUGCAAGGACGUCUUGUUGCCUCUGAAGUAGAGAUGGAAAAACUCAAGGAAGCUCGGAAAGCAAAUGAAAACCUCCUCCUUCAGGCUGAGGAGAGGAUCGAGCAUCUUCAGAAAGAAUUGUCGAAUGCCAACUCUUUGUGUGCUGAUAAAGAAAUAAAGCUUAACAUCUUACAAGAUGAGGUUGCUGUCCAAACUGAGUCAGUAAGAAAAGCCAAGGCCGAGAUUGAAACCAAAGAAGAUAUGCUGGCAAAGUUACUUCAGGAAGGCUCUCACCGACAGGAAGUUCUCCAGUGUGAGAUCCAGGUCUUGAAGGACCAGGUAGAAAGUCAAACAUGCGCUAUCAAAAAAGCAAACGAUGAUGUUCAGGCUAAGGAAGACCAGCUAACUAAGAAUCAACAAGAGGACAGAAAACAAAAGGAAGCACUCCAAGAGCAGAUAGUAGUCUCUCAAGAGGAGGUGAAGAAACUCAAUGCGGAGAUCCAGUCAAAAGAGCAACAGCUCAUUUUGCUGAAGAAUGAGUGUUUAUCGCACUCUGAACUACUACAACAGGAAAUAAGAGAUUUGAAAAAUCAAGUAGAGAGUAUUGGUGACUGUCUUAAAAAAGCUGAUGAGCAGGUUCAAAUUCAGUCAGAUCUGCUUAUUAAGCAGGAACAGGAGAAUGCUCAUCAGAGAGAGAUUCUGCAGCAGCAGGUGUUUGCAUCUGAAGAAGAGGUGAAGAAGAUGAAGGGGGAGAUCCAGGCUAGAGAGAGACAGCUCCAUCUGUUGAAGAAGGACAGCUCAGAUCAAUCUGCACUUGUACAUCAGGAGAUCCAAGGUUUAAAUAGCCAGUUGGAGAGUCUCCGUUCCUCACUCAGGAAAGCUGAGGAGCAGUUACAAGCCAAGGAAGUUAUCAUUCAGGAGAAAGAAGCUCUACUGGCCAGGGUUCUUCAGGCAGAACAGAGUCAUGAAGCUCUGAGGAAACAUCUCGAAGUCUGUGCUCUGGAGAAAGAUAAGCUUGACCAGGCUAAACAGAUUUUGGAGCGAGAGAAUAAAGCCUCCCAUAAGCUGAAGUUGAUACUUCAGCAGGAGCUUACCUCACUUAAACAGGAGCAGAAGAUAUGUAUGCAAGAGAGAAAGAAAGCUGAAGAACAGGCGAAGCUGACCAGAGACCUACAGGAACAGUUGACAGCUAAAUCUGAGGCUGCAGCACACUAUAAAGCUCAGAUGGAAAAGGCUGUGAGCCAUUAUGAUGGCAAGAAGAAGCUUCUUCAAGAAAGUCUGGAGAAAGCGACUGAACUGCAGCACUCCUUAGAAAUGAAAGAAUAUGAACUAAAGGCAGUAACAACUGAAUUCACACUGCUGCAGCUAGAUUUGGAGACAACCCGAGGCAACGAGAACAACCUUUUGAGGAGGGUAGCCAGUUUGGAAUCACAGCUUGCCUUUGCUGACCGUAACCUUCGGGAAAAAAACAAGAUUCACGGCAAUGAAGGAUCAGUCAAGGAGUUGGCAUACCUCGAUACCGCCAGCGUACGGAAAAGGGUUCAGACUCGGGCCCAGAUGGAAAAGUACAACAGCUCCGAUAGUCUAGAACAAAGCUCACUGGAAGACUCUUUAAACACCACAAGGAGACCAUCAGCACCAGGGGAGUCCAGCACUCCUCUUGUUCGCAGCUCAGAGCGCCUGGCCGCCAAACGUCGGGCUUUGGGGACAGAGUCUCUCGAGACCCUUUACUUCACACCCAUGAACAGCAAACAAAUGAAAACGACCAGCAUGGAAUGCAAUCUGGAGCACACCCUGACCUCUCCAGGUGACUUUGUUCUGGAUUCUGCAAGGAAGAAUCUGACCUCCUCCGUCAAACGUCGCAGGACCACACAAGUUGUCAACAUCACCAUGACCAAGAAGACUCCAGGCCGUGGAGGGAAUGAAUGUGAUGAGACUUUCUACAGUCUGUCCACAGCCCACUCACAGCCAAACCUUUCUCAUCCCAUCUCAAUGGAACCGUUUGACACGCCUGCCAGAUUGGCUGGUACUGCCAGUGACCAGCUGCUCAGUCUGCCAGGGUACAGGCGGAGCGCUGCUCACAACACUGCGCACCCACGAGGCACAAGUACGUUCUGUGUUGGUGCUGAGCAUGAGCCAGACAGUGCAGGUGAUGAUUGGAUGAGGAUUGCUGAGCUCCAGGCAAGAAACAAGUCUUGCCUGCCCCAUCUAAAGAGCAGCUACCCUGUGGAGUCUAGGCCUGGCCUCUGCCCUGCCUUUAUUUGCACGGAUGAAGACCUCCGCACAGGCGACCCAUCUGAGACAAUUCGCAGGGCAUCCAUGAUACCUGGCCAGCUGCAGGACUCUCUUUUCUCCAACCGCCUCUCCUUCAUGGUGGGACAGACUGGUACCCAUUCCCUCCGUCACUCCCUAAUGCCUGGCCAGCUUCCAUCCAAAAUCAAAAGUUCUGCAAAACUGCAAAGCCCAAGAGGCACAAAGCGGCCGUCAUCUACACUGUUGCAACCUCAGUCCUCUCCCGAGACAAAGGUUAAGGCCGGGUGCUUUCCCCUUACUCCCAAAAACAAGAUCAGCAAUGGACCUUCCAGCUCUGCCCUCAGUCCAACUACCCUGUCUUUAUCCCAGGCUGAACGAAGGCAGUCCAUGAUGUUCACCGUUGAGAACACCCCUAAGAAAAACACUUACCUACAGAAGGGGCUGAACAAACUACUUAACUCUAACCGCAAAUCUCCAGGCAAAAAAUCCAAGAAGUCGCCAGCUCAGACAAUUUCCCAUAAAGCUCCAAGAACCGUGGUAUCCCGCUCUGGAAUGGGACGAACCAGGAAUGGUAGCGUUAAAUCACCCCAGACGACAGCUAGAGGGCAGAGGAAGUCUCCACGUGCUGUCAAUACAGCCAAGUCACCAGGCAUUACUGCUAGUGCCCGCAAGCUAAUGAGAUUCAAGAUGAAGGUCUAA